UAUGUAUUCUCUCUCUCUUUUCAUUUCCUUUCUCCAAACAGAAAGUCAGCGUCUCUCUCUCUCUCUCUCUCUCUAUACACUUGAUGGGCGAGUUUACUUUCAUGGAGGACUGGGAUCUGGAAGCUGUGGUGAGAGGAUGCAGCACCAAUGAAGCUUUUGCAGACAUCAUGAUCAACAAUAACCCACCAUCUGUGCUUUCUCCUUUGAGUACUCUAGAUCAAGAUGAUCGUCAAGAACUUUUAAGUUCUCCUGAUUUCUUUGAAUUUGCAACUAAGGAUUUUGAUUACGGAGUAGAAAAAGAAACUUACAAGCCCUUAUUAUUCUACCCUAAUCAGCAAGCCCUUUCUCCUCAAAGCAUCCUUAGUCCCACGAGUUCCAUGUCUAUUCCCAGCUAUGAUGGCCAAGAGCCUGAAAAGCUGCAAAAGAAACAUCUUUUUUCUGAAUCUGAUGCUCCUGUAAGCUGUAGUGAUGAUGCUACUCCCCUGGCAAGCAAGUCAAAAAGAUGCAGGAAGAGUGCGCAGAAUAGAGUGGUUAAACAUGUUACAGCAGAUGGUCUCUCAUCUGAUAUGUGGGCCUGGCGGAAAUACGGGCAAAAACCCAUCAAAGGAUCUCCUUAUCCAAGGAGCUACUAUAGGUGCAGCAGUUUAAAAGGUUGUUUGGCAAGAAAGCAAGUAGAAAGAAGCAGUUCGGAUCCAUCAAUCUUCAUAAUAACAUACACUGCCGAGCAUAGCCAUGCCCAUCCGACUCGCAGAAAUUCUCUUGCUGGCAGCACCAGAAUCAAGUCUUCCAUGGCUAAACAAGCCAAUAAAUCCAGUGAACCCAACAAGCCAACAAUCAAAGGCGAAUGUUUGGAUACAGUACUUCCUUCUUCAAUAACCCCUUUAUCGAUGGCUUCCACUAAUGAAGAUGAGAUGGUGCAACAUGUGAGAUUAAAAAAUGAAGAAGCAGAAGAAGAACGGAUUUUGGAAGAUAGUAUAAGCAAUCAAGAAAUUGUCAUGCCCGACAUAAUAUUUAGCGACGAACUAUUUCCAAGCUUAGAAGAUUUUGAAGGACUGUUUCUUGAUCAAUUUUCAGCUACCGUUCCUUAACACCUGUUCAUCAAUGUGCUGCCAGUGUAGUAUAAUCUUGAUCUUUUUUUCGUUUUUUUUCUCUUUUAGACUUCCAAUAUAUUUUGUCUUGUAAUCUUAGUUUUGUAUAGUCCAUCUUCAAAGAGAUGGUGUUUCCAGAAAUUAGACAAAAGAAAAGGACGCAAUGUAUGUUGCAGUGUCUUAAUUAGAGAGAAUGCUCCUUGUAUUGUAAUAAUUGAGAAAGUCGAUCAACGUUGUUAUUUAUCUAGGAUAUUGCAUUAUCUUUAAA